CAAUCGUCAUAUUAUUAACAUAGAGUAGAAGAGCAGCCUGUUGUCUGUUUUGCCUGCUGCUAUCAUCUCGUUUUUUUCUUCUUGCCUUUCAAACCACGCUUUCGCUGUGGUGCAGUUAGUUACAUAGAGUUUACGACGACUUCUAAACACUUUACAUGGACCGAUACGCACGUUAACUCCGGCCUUUUAUUUAUUUAUUGGCAGUCAACUCAUAUUUCGCGGGGUAAAUUUUUUUUUACGAACCCCUUCGGUGAAUUAAGGAGAAAAAUUGAUUUUUGGGGAUUUGACAAAUAAUUUAGUUCAAACCACGGAAUAUUUUGCUGGUGGCUGCUUUGAUAGAAAGAAAGUAUAAAAGAGAAAAGGAAAAAGUUUGAAAAGAAUUAUUUUCCCCCUUUAUUGAAGAAGUGCGCUGAAAGUUAAAAGACGUAAAGUCGUCCGAGAAAACCGGGUUUAGUGUUAGAAAGUAGAAAACUAUCAAAAUGAGCGAUAACAUGCAGGAUACUUGUGAAAAAUUGAAAUUACAUCCCCGACUUUGUCACUUGAUAAAAUGGAAAGAUUUCAAUGGUUAUGGAUUUAACUUGCAUGCUGAAAAAGGCAAAGCUGGUCAGUUUAUCGGAAAAGUGGAUGAAGGUUCUCCAGCCGAAGCUGCUUUUCUCUAUCAAGGAGACCGAAUAAUCGAGGUGAACGGGGUGAAUAUUGGCAAUGAGAAUCACCAACAGGUAGUCCAGAGGAUCAAAGCUGGUGGAGAAGAGACCAGAUUAUUAGUUGUCGACACUGAAACGGAUAUCCAUUUCAAGACCCAGAAAACUGUGGUACGUGGAGAAAUGCCCGAAGUUGCAUAUUGUAAAACCCCCGACAAACAUGGGUUUGCUAGCCCGAUUCUGAACUACAACCAAACUGUGGAGACAAAACAAAAUGCUGAGACAGGUGAGACCACCAGCCAAGGAAUUGCCUCUGGUGCCACCUUGAUAACCAAUGGACUGAGUGAGGACCUUCCUGCACCUCCCCCAGAACUUGAAAAUGGACAUGAACCUACUGUGGAAAAGGUGACUGUAUCAGAAGUUGAAAGUGAAGUUCUGAAUGAUAUUGAAAAUGAUGCAAUAUAUGAUAUUCCUGAUCCAAUUCCUGUAAUAACUGAUUCAGGAUCUAUCAAAAGUGGAUCAGAAAAAUCUGAUUUGGACAAACAAGAAACGAAUUCAAUUAAAACAGGAUCGAUUAAAUCAGAGAAAGCAGAAUCGGAAAAAGCGGAAUCGGAGAAAGCAGUAUCAGAAAAGUGUGAAUCGGAGAAAGCGGAAUCAGAAAAAGCUGAAUCGGAGAAAGCUGAAUCCGAUAUAGUGGCAGUGGUCAAAUCUGAUAUUGAGUCGAUUAAAGCAGAAGCUAAUAUAUCAGACAACGAAGUUGCUGGACCAGCAACAUCCUACUUCACAAAAGUCCCUCUUGAAGACUUAGACACUCCUCCUUCAUUAGUGAAAGCCGUUAAAGACCCUAAAGAAAUUGAUGUUAGUGAUCCAUUAAACUUUGUUAAUGUAAGUGCUGAGGAGAUGAAGCAAAAGAUCUUGUCCAAGAAGAAAAUCAGGAAGUUCAAAGAUAUGAAUCUAAAAGAAAAGCAUGAUAUCUUAGACAGACUGUGAUGUAUUUUUACUGAUAUUAAUUCCAGUGCCAAUGUUUGACUUUGGGAUACACACACAGACACACACGCACACAUUGAAUUGAAAUUAAUGAUUUCUUAUACAUACAUUAACUGUUAUAUAUCAAGUUUAAAAUGUGUGUACAUAUCCUGUUGGAUAUUUUUCUAUCACAAGUGCCUGUUUUUUUUUGUAUUUUUUUUGUAAUAGUGUCUGACCAAAAGAAUUUGUCUUGGUGGCUUUUCUUGUAUUGUUAUUCUUGUCCACCUGUAUCCACCCCGCCUCAAUCUUUGCUUUUCUUUUCGUCCUCCUUAUCAAAACACUGAAUGUUUUGAUAACAAUCUUUCUACUGAUGUAUUUACAAUCAUGGAAAAUUUUCUGAAUUUUUGCCAUUGAGCAAUAAUAUUAGUUGAAAAGGUUCAGUGAAAUUUUGAUUCACUCUGGCUCAAUGUUUUGUCUAAUUUCUUGUUACUGUCAUCAAUGAUAAUUACUUAACUUCAAAAAUGUCACAUCUUGAUUUUGUUUCUACUACUACUACUACUACUACUGGUGUUUUAGUUUUUCACAAUUUUUUUUUUUUUUACUUCUCUUCUCCAAUAGUCUUGUUUAUAUUUUUUUUCACCCCCUCCUUUUUUUCUCUUGUUCAGGUGCUCAGGAUUAAAUUUCAGUUUAAAAUUGUGCUUUGAUAUAU